AACUGUUCCAACCAAUCAGGUUUUUUCUGGUCAAUGCUGAUUACAGAUUUUCUCUCAGGUUUUGACAUGCCGACUCUGAUUCUUUCCCACAGAAAAAAAAAAAUAUAUAUAUAUAUAGAUCAAACUGCCUGUUCCUUCCUAACGCAUGCUAGGAAAUUACCAUCAUCUCUGUAAUUUCAAUCAGUGUAACAUAUAGAUCACAAAGGAUUGCUUGAGUGUAAUAUUUAGCAAGCAGUAAUAAUUUAGGGUCCACACUAAAACUGAUUUUCGAUGCUUUCUAUUCAUUAAGCGCAAACAUUUGUAAAUGUUUCAUUUGUAAACUAUUCACUUUCUACAAAGGAAAACAAGGAGUUUACGUCUAUUGAUUUUAUUUUUGUAUGAAAACCCAUCAUCAAUGUGCUGUCGAGACCGUAUUUGUGUAGUUAGACUAUUAUAAAAAGUAGAUCUGAGUGUGUGCGCAUGCUCAAAUUGGUAAAAUACCUGUGGCAUGUUUGGGGAUUUGAGAAACAAGAAACGUGGCUUGAAGCCUUAACAGAUUUAGUCCUAAUCCGGAAACUCAGCUGCCAUGACUGUUGUUAUUGGAUUCGAAGGAAGCGCCAACAAGAUUGGCAUCGGCAUCAUAAGGGACGGUGAAGUCCUGUCUAACCCCAGACGGACGUACAUCACGCCGCCGGGCCAAGGGUUCAUGCCCAGUGACACGGCCAGGCAUCAUCGCGCAGUCAUACUGACUGUCCUGAAGGAGGCGCUGGAGCAAGCGGGGCUGAAGCCGGCAGACAUUGACUGCGUGGCGUACACUAAAGGUCCUGGUAUGGGAGCCCCUCUGGUCACGGUGGCCCUCGUAGCGCGCACUGUGGCCCAGCUGUGGGGGAAGCCCCUGCUGGGGGUCAACCACUGCAUCGGACACAUCGAGAUGGGCCGCCUUGUAACCCAGGCUGACAACCCCACCGUGCUGUACGUCAGCGGGGGAAACACUCAGGUUAUCGCUUACUUAGAGCGGCGCUACAGAAUAUUUGGGGAGACCAUCGACAUUGCGGUCGGUAAUUGUUUGGACAGAUUUGCCAGAGUUAUCAAGAUUUCCAACGAUCCCAGUCCAGGAUACAACAUAGAGCAGAUGGCCAAAAAAGGAAGUCGAUACGUGGAGCUGCCGUACACAGUGAAGGGGAUGGACGUGUCUUUUUCUGGGAUUCUGUCCUUUAUUGAGGAAGCUGCUAAUAAAAUGCUGAGCUCUGGUCAGUGCACAGCAGAGGAUCUGUGCUUCUCCCUUCAGGAGACGGUGUUCGCCAUGCUGGUGGAGAUCACAGAGAGGGCCAUGGCUCACUGCGGCUCACAGGAGGUCCUGAUCGUCGGAGGAGUGGGCUGUAACCUGCGUCUGCAGGAGAUGAUGGGGGUGAUGUGCAAGGAGAGAGGAGCCAAGCUGUUUGCUACAGACGAGCGAUUCUGCAUAGAUAACGGAGCGAUGAUCGCUCAGGCGGGUUGGGAGAUGUUCCGGAGCGGCUGCGUCACAGAGCUGGAAGACUCUUGGAUCACACAAAGGUACAGGACUGAUGAAGUAGAGGUGACAUGGAGAGACUGAGGAGCAGCCUGGCUCUGGACUCUAACUGGGCUCAGAAAGGGAAAUGCAAAUAAAGUAUUUUUUUAUGUA